AUGGUGAUGAAGAAGCUAAGCAAUAUUGGCUCCACUGUUGGCCCUGAGAAAUGCUAUCUUUCAAAGAACAGAUUUACUGAAAUUCCUCCUGAUGUCUGGCUGUUUGCACCUCUGGAAACUUUAAAUUUGUAUCACAACUGCAUCAAAUCCAUUCCAGAAUCUAUUAAAAACCUACAAAUGCUUACCUACCUUAACAUUAGUCGAAAUCUUUUGUCAACGUUGCCAAAAUACCUGUUUGAUCUUCCACUGAAAGUUCUGGUUGUCAGUAAUAACAAGCUGGUCUCCAUUCCAGAAGAAAUUGGAAAGUUGAGAGAUCUAAUGGAGUUGGAUAUUAGCUGUAAUGAACUUCAAGUUCUUCCCCAGCAAAUAGGAAAAUUGCAGUCACUUAGAGAAUUGAACAUAAGAAGAAAUAAUCUCCAUAUGUUGCCAGAUGAAUUAGGAGACCUUCCCUUGGUAAAGCUGGAUUUUUCUUGUAAUAAAAUUACAGAAAUUCCCAUUUGUUACAGAAAGUUACGUCACUUACAAGUUAUAGUUUUGGAUAACAAUCCAAUGCAGAUACCGCCAGCACAGAUAUGUUUAAAGGGCAAAGUACAUAUAUUUAAAUUCCUCAGUAUUCAGGCGUGCCUCAGAAUAGAUAAAAAACCGGAUUCUUUAGAUCUUCCAUCAUUAGGUAAACGAAUCCCCUCCCAGCCACUCACAGACAGCAUGGAGGACUUUUAUCCCAAUAAAAACCAUGGACCAGACUCUGGCAUUGGAAGUGAUAAUGGGGAUAAAAGGUUGUCCACUACGGAACCAUCUGAUGAUGAUACAAUCAGCCUUCACUCCCAGGUAUCAGAGUCAACAAGGGAACAGACAUUAAGGAAUGACAAUCACGUAAUGGGAAGUAAACUCGAUCCACAGAAAGACCAGGAGGCGUUUGACUACAUUGAUCCCAACACAGAGGAGGGAGCUCUUCCUGAGCAGGGAGAUGCACAGAUUGGGCCCCUGCUCUCCUAUGUCAAGGAACGGGGAAAGCAUCCUGAGAAAUCCCAGAAAAUAGAACAAAAUGAGGACUGGGGAGAUGACAAAAGUCUUCAGAAAGAACAACUGCUGGCUGAAGAUGACGAUGAACUCAAAGAAGUGACUGACUUGAGAAAAAUAGCAGCUCAGUUGUUGCAGCAAGAACAAAAACACAGACGAAGGCCACUAAGCUAUAGAACUUCAUUCAGUGAAAAGCUCUUCCAGAGGACCAGGGCGGCAGGACGUGCAUCAAGGCUUCUUAAUCAUUCAGUUUCAGUAAACACAAGGAACAGGCCAAAGCAACCAAUGGAAUCUGAAAAAUGUGUCUCAACAAAUGAAGUGAAUUGCCCAGUGUCUCCAUACAGCUGGCAGCCACUGGAAAACCAGAAGGACUCAGUGGAUGAGCAGCAUUGGCCAGAAACACAGCCAGUAAUCUGGCAGAAUGAAGAAAGAAGGAGAAGUAAACAAAUUAGAAAAGAGUAUUUCAAGUAUAAGUCUUCCAGAAAGAGUUCAAGUGGAAAUGAAAAUGAUGAGCAAGACAGUGAUAAUACUAAUGUGUCCCCACAGUCUCCUGUGUCGUCUGAGGAUUAUGAAAGGACAGAUAGUAACACUCAUGGUCCAUUUGGCCUCAAACCAAGGUCAGCUUUCAGCCGUGCCUCUCGCCAGGACUAUGGUGCAGUGGAUCCUGGGUUUACUAUGAGGAGGAAAAUGGAACAUUUAAGGGAAGAAAGGGAGCAAAUCAGACAGCUUCGCAGUAAUCUUGAAUCCAGGUUGAAGGUAAUUUUGCCAGAUGACAUUGGAGCAGCAUUGAUGGAUGGGGUGGUUCUUUGCCAUUUAGCCAAUCACAUAAGGCCGCGUUCUGUUGCCAGCAUUCAUGUCCCAUCGCCAGCAGUGCCUAAACUCAGCAUGGCAAAGUGCCGAAGAAAUGUUGAAAACUUUCUUGAUGCUUGUAAAAAAUUGGGCGUUCCACAGGAGAGACUUUGCUUGCCUCAUCACAUUCUGGAGGAAAGGGGUCUGGUGAAGGUUGGCCUCACAGUUCAAGCUCUGCUUGAGUUGCCUGCGUUGAAAGUAUCUCAGCUUUCUUCCAUGUGACACGACUUCUUGGCAGCUAGACGACUUCCCAUUUGCUCUGUUGAUAUGGAUUUCUCUGAGGCACUUCAGCCUCCUACACGGGAACACCUAAGCCAUCAAAAACUAAAAUCUGUCCAGAUGCUGUAGAGAGCCUUACUUUGGAGCUGUGUGUGAAAUCCUUUGAGUCAGUUCACAGUUAAAAGAACAUAACUUUUUUCUUUCUUUUGUAAUUGGAUGUACAAAGAGAACGUGGUAGCAUCAGGUUCUCUUUCUAGUCAAGUUAAAAGCUGCCAUUUAACACCUCAGUGUUAGAGUUAAAUGCUGAAUUUCUUUUUUUACAUUGAAAAUGUUGUUUGAAUUACUUUUGAAAGUACAAAGCACACCCCCUGUCACUUUAAUUUUUCGAGUCAAUCAUUUAACUUAAAGAUAAGACAAAAAUGUAGCGAUGGUAUGAUGGUAAAAAUGUGAGCAACUGAUCACUUGUAAUCCCCUUUCACUCUCUGAAAGCUUAAUAUUUGCGUUCUUUGUUUUUUGCACUCCUGAUUGUAACUUAGGCACUUCUAGCAUUGCCAGUAUUGAGUCUGAGUGUCUGGUGAUUACACAGAACAGGAUACAGUGAGAGGACACAGUUUGUUGAGUUUUUCCAGUCUUCUAGGUUGGUGCCAAAUAUUUUUUUUCAGUUGUACUGUAGAUUUGUUUACCUGUGAAGUGCCUGUGUAAUUGAUAACUCUUAAUAGUCUUAAACAUUUUUGAAAUUUCUUUGUUUAAAAUAGAUAAAAUGGAAAUUUUUUAAUAUUUUAAUAGUUUUUUUUGUAAAAUCAGUAUGUGAAGAUUUAAGUAAUAC